AUGCCCCAACCUUACCCCCAGAUCCCCCAAACCCCCCAAAUCCCCCAGAACCAGUACCCCCCUGAGCUGCUCAGGAGAUUUGAGCUGUAUUUCCGUGCCCCGGCGCUCUCCAAGCCGCGGGGGGUGCGGGAGCUCCGGGCCGGCUCCAUCGGCAAACUCGUCACGCUCAGAGGGGUCGUCACGAGGGUCAGCGAGGUCAGACCCCUGCUCGUGGUGGGCACCUACAGCUGUGACCAGUGCGGGGCUGAGACCUACCAGCCGGUAAGGGGGGCUUUGGGGG